AUGCUGGAAGAUGUUCUGAGAUCUCCCAUGGAUCCUCAUCGCUAUAUUCGCAGAUGUGUUGCAAUGUCUCGCAGUAGCCAUCCAAAUGCUCCUUCAUGGAGCACUAGCGGCGUUUUCGUUGCAGACGCUAGGUCAUGUCAAGGAGUUGGGUUGGGCGUGUCGCCUACUUGUUCCCCACCAACUAUUGAAGCAGGCAAGCAGCCCUAG